AUGGAAUUCCCAGCCUACAGCAUUGCCCAUUGCAGGAUUCGGCUAUUCCAAUUCUACGAGCAGUACUUCGCUGUCUAUAAAAAUCGGACCAAUUUAGUUCUCCUUCUUUACAAUACCUGCUUUAGCCAAAAAUGCUUUAUAGUAAUCGACGAACUACUCAGUACUAUUGAGCGCAUGAGAAGAGAACAAGUCAUCUUUCAGAAGCGGUUGAAAGAAGAGAUGGAAAUAAAAUCCAAACUUGAGGUAAUAAUGUCAGGAACAUUUGUGGAACAGGCUCUUUUAAGUUUCGAUUCAUCUCGUUCUGCGCCCUACAUGAGCCAGCCCAACAGAAUUGCCGUUUGGGCAUUGGCAAUCCUUGUCCAUCAGGUUGCAAGUAGAUUGAACGCAAAGUCAUAUUCUAAUUUAGUAUCCACGAUGGCAUGA